ACAAUUGAUGUCAACAAUUGACUCAACACUCAAAACAACUGUGAAUUCAAUGACAACACAAUUACUCAUUGAGUUUGCAAUCAAUAAUUGUAUGACUAAUUGAAUGGUCAUUAUUAUCAUUGUUGUCAUCGACUACAAGACAUCACUACAAGAAUGUCUCAUUGGUUCCAUCGAAACGCAUUGAAGAACACAACAGUUCAGUCAUUUGCCCUGUCCUUAGUCGCGGCCCAACCGCAAGCUAUCCAACUGUGCGAUCGCUUGAAGACAUACCGCCAACAGGUGUUGGAACUGAUGACCGAUCCGUCCAGUGAUGCCGAUGUGGUGGACAAACAAUUGCGACUUUAUUUGUCGCUACUGUUGGGCUUUGUGUUCAAUAAUAGCUUUGACCCGAACCACGGACCGACUGAUAGCUCCAAACUAAGACAUUAUAUUAAGUUCAAGUGGACGGACACUCUGUUGGGUGCCACUCCGUGUGUCAGACAGGACACAGUGUUUGAGUUAAUCUCCAUUUGUUACAAGUACUCCCUAUGGCUGACCAAACAUUGCGCACAAUUAGCCGCCAAAUCGGACAUUACGAUGGAAACGGCCAAAGAGUGUCACUCGUGUUUGCGUAAAGCGGCCGGCAUUCUGACGGCCAUUCAAAAUGAAUGGUGCGAUCGAUUACUUGAGAAAAGUUUUAGCGCCGGUAGUGAUUUGGAUCCCCGGGUGCUCAGCGCAUACAUACAACAGUGUCAGGCGGAAGCACAGGAGGUUACUAUAGCCCGCGCUAUAGAACUGAAACACAGUCCGACGUUGAUCUCUGCGUUGGCAAACGAGACAUCAAAACUAUUUCUGGCGGCUGCCAGUGCUAUCAAAGCAUUGGAUCAGACAAAAGUGUCCAAAUGGAUGGCAUAUUUUCAAUUGAAAUCAUCAUUUUACGAGUCAUACGCCUUUUGCUAUUUAGGUGAAAGUCUAUUAGAACAGGAAAAAUGUGGAGAAGCUAUUCGUGCACUGGAAGAGAGCGAAAAGUUUUACGAAAUAGCUGUCAAACUAUGCAAAGAAUAUCGCAAACAAAAGUCAUUGGGAGGAACGGGAGCUAAAAUUGAUGAACAUUUGUUUUUUCGUAAAUUACAGCCACAAGUGAAACGAACUAAAGACAAAUGUGUUCGUGAAAAUGGAUUUAUUUUUCAUCAAAAGGUGCCUAAAGAGUGUCCAGUAUUAGAACUAAAAGCAACACAUGGAUUGGUGACACCCGAAGAGUUUUCGAUGCCAUCACUUCACGAGCUUUGGACACCACAAUCAUAUGCGGCCUUUGAUUUAUCUAAAAAUGUCACAUAUAUUGAUCCGAGACAAAAGUUAGAAAAAGCGACGAAAGAUAAGCCCGAAGAGCCUAUUCCUGCGAUGGAUGAGAAGCCCAUCAAAUACAGCGAAACGGACCCCAAAAACCAGAGCGGAUGUCAAAUACAAUAAAAUUGACUUUUGUUUUCUUAAUUUGUGCACAUAUUUUAUUAAUCAAAAUAUAUAUUUUAUAUAUUGUUUUUGUUAACUAUAUUUUAAUCAUUGUUUAUUUAAUUACUGACAUUAUUAUACAG